AUGUCAGAUCCCAAACGCAUGAAAAUGACAGUCUCCAAAGUUUCCGCCGAAGAACGUAACUUCCUUUUCUCCAGUGAGUCUGUGAAUGAGGGUCACCCCGAUAAGCUUGCGGAUCAAGUGUCCGAUGCCGUUUUGGAUGCGUGCCUGAAGGCUGACCCUUUCUCCAAGGUCGCUUGUGAGACCGCCACCAAGGACAACAUGGUCAUGGUCUUUGGUGAAAUCACCACUUCCGGAAAGGUCGACUAUGAGGCCAUCGUCCGUGAACAAGUUCGUGAGAUUGGAUUCGACUCCUUUGUCGAUGAUCUUGGAUCCGUCGUUUCCAAGGGAUUGAACUGCGACGACUGCGAAGUCCUCAUCCGAAUCAACAAGCAAUCCCCUGAUAUUGCCGGAGGAGUCCACGUUGGUAAGAGCGAACUUGACGUUGGUGCCGGUGAUCAAGGUAUCAUGUUUGGAUAUGCUUCGGAUGAAACCGAAAACUGCAUGCCUUUGACCCACAUGAUGGCCACUCAACUCGGAAAGCGCCUCACUGAUGUCCGUAAGGAUGGUUCUCUCUGGUGGUUGCGCCCCGAUGGAAAGACACAAGUCACCAUUGAGUACACCCAGCAUUCGGACGGUUCUGUCACCCCCAUCAAGAUCCACACCAUUGUCAUUUCCACUCAACACGCCGAACCACUCAAGGCCAAGCGUACCGAGGAACAACCAGGAACCGACAACCGUGGCAAGUACACUGGAGACGAGAUGAUUGCUCCCUCCAUGGAAGAAAUGAACGAACUCAUCCACGAGCACGUCAUCGUCGACACUCUCAAGUCCAUCAAGCUCAAGUCCGGGGAAUCUGCCCUCAGCAUUUACAGCCGCGACACUUGCAACCUCCACAUUAAUCCCUCUGGAAAGUUCAUCAUUGGUGGACCCCAAGGAGAUGCUGGUCUUACCGGACGUAAGAUUAUCAUUGAUACUUACGGUGGGUGGGGUGCCCACGGAGGAGGUGCCUUUUCCGGAAAGGACCCCACCAAGGUCGAUCGAUCUGCCGCCUACGCCUGUCGUUGGAUGGCCAAGUCCGUCGUCAAGGCUGGACUUUGCAAGCGUGCUCUGGUCCAAUUGUCCUAUGCCAUUGGUGUCGCCAAGCCAUUGAGUUUGUUCGUCGAGACCUACGGAACUGAGAAGGAAGGACUCACCGCCAAGCUCAUCACCGACAUUGUCAAGAUCAACUUUGAUGCCCGUCCAGGAGCCCUGGCCCGUGAUUUGACUCUUCGCGAACCCAAGUACAACAAGACUGCUGCCUACUGCCAUUUCGGACGUGAACCAUUCGUGGAGAACGGUAUGAAAUUCUUCUCUUGGGAAGACCCUGUCGACCUCAACAAGUACGCAUCCAUGACUGGUGCUGAAGUUGAAUCGGAAGUUUCUGCCAAGAAGGAAGAAAUCUUGACCAAGUGGGUUGACUAA